AUGAUGUGGAUGGUCGACAAAUUGCUCGUCGAAGCGCCGUUGAUAUUUGCCUCUUUGCUGCUCGCAUCCGCGUUUUUGACGAUUGCCGAUUUUUUCGACGAAGUUGAGGAAUUCGUGCUGAAAGCGGAAGAGGGGCUGCGUGCCUUUGAGCAACACCUAGCCGAGGCUUCAUAUCUGAUGACGACUACACGACCAUCCUCCCAACGAGCCCGUUUCUACAACGUCAUCGGGCUACGAAUAUGC